GGCUGCUGACGCAAGGAACGCAGGUUGCAGGCAGAGGUGUCCUGUUAAAAAAAAAAGCUAAAGUACACGGCUGCAUUUAGUUUCCAGUCUCUCCAACACAGACGGAAAACAUGUCGGGCGACGAGAUGAUAUUUGACCCCACCAUGACCAAGAAGAAGAAAAAGAAGAAGAAGCCCUUCAUGUUAGAAGAGGAAGGAGGAGACGGAGAGGAUGCUCCACAGACAGAGGUGAAGGAGAUUGAGGCAGACGGAGGAGAGGAGCGAGAUGUGGAUGUGGAUGAGGAUGAGGGGAAGAAGAAAGAACCAUCCGACGACCUGGACGACCUAAACUUCUUCAACCAAAAGAAGAAGAAGAAGAGAUCCAAAAAAGAAAAGAUAUUUGACACUGAACUGGAAGAGGGAAUGAAGGAAUUGAAGAUUGAAGUAGAGCCUUCAGAGACACUGGAUGAUGACGAUUUAAUGCUGCCAAUGAAGAAAAAGAGGCCGAAAAAACCAAAAGAUCUGCAAGAAGACAUGGACACGGAGAGCAAAGAUGACGGUCUUGAGGAUGAAGACAGUAAAAAUAUUGAUGACAUCACAUUCAGUUCACAGACAGGACCUGCCUGGGCGGGUACAGAAAGAGAUUACACAUAUGAUGAGCUGCUGAACCGCGUUUUCAACAUCAUGCGCGAGAAGAAUCCAGACAUGGUGGCUGGAGAAAAGAGGAAGUUUGUCAUGAAACCCCCACAAGUGGUGCGAGUGGGGACCAAGAAGACCUCUUUUGUCAACUUCACAGAUAUCUGCAAACUGCUGCAUCGACAGCCCAAACAUCUCUUAGCUUUCCUAUUGGCUGAGCUGGGGACAAGUGGCUCCAUAGAUGGAAAUAAUCAGCUGGUUAUCAAAGGCAGGUUCCAGCAGAAACAGAUAGAGAAUGUCUUACGAAGAUACAUCAAGGAGUACGUGACAUGCCACACCUGCCGAUCUCCUGACACCAUCCUGCAGAAGGAUACUCGACUCUAUUUCCUCCAGUGUGAGACGUGCCAUUCCCGCUGUUCCGUGGCCAGCAUCAAGACCGGUUUCCAGGCAGUCACAGGCAAACGAGCACAGCUCCGCGCUAAAGCCAAUUAGACCCCCCCCCCCCUUCUCUGCCCAGACCUUCUGUCUCUAACACCAUAGUUAGAUGUGGAAGGCUACACAAGAGCCUGGACAUUUUAUGAACUGUUCAUGGAUUUGUUACCGCUGCCUUGUCUACAAGAAACAGAGUAAAAUCAAUAAAAUGCAUACCAGCUGGAAAAGCC